CGAACAUAAUACAGCUUCACCUUGCAUCUCUUCAAUCUUUUCAUGCAUCGUUGAAUUCCCUGCAUCUUGACCUGAUUCCACUCUUAUUCCUCUCACACCUGCGUGUGACAGCCGCACUUUGUAGCGCAACAGUCCAUACUGCACACAUCCUUCGUUUUCUUUGACCCUAUCUCUGGCAAGACUGAUAGAACGCUAUGACGAAAAGGCUGCUUGCCAUUGCCGAUACCAAUGCCGAUACCUCUAUGGUUCUCGCUACUGAUAACAAGGCGGAUGCUGGGUCGCUGGAGAACGACUAUGACGAGCUUGUCGACGAGGACUGGCUGGACAUGGAUAAUUUGCCAACUUCAGCCCAACUGACAUUACUCGAUAAGACUCCUCUAUCUAUUCCCGCCGAUGAUGACCACCAAGUACCCUCGUUGCCCCUCUCUGCCGGAGCCAGGCAGCAGUCUGUAGGGAGCUCUGCAAGCGCAGUAACAGGUGCACCUGCAACCGUUUCCCCUGCAACCGUGGGUUUGUCAGGAAUAGAACUACAUGACCUUCAGCUACAGCUACAGGAGCACCUUCCAGGAUCAACUAGUCCCUCGCCAUCCUCGCAUGACUCUGAGUAUUCUCUACUCGACCCUUCAACAGAGCAAAGUCGAAAGAAUUCCAUGUCGAGCAUCACAGGCUUCCAUGCGCUCACCCCCACGAGCCCUUCGACGAGCGUCGGUGACGAUUUUUCUGGGAUCGAGUCGGCCUCCGUAGGGUCAUUUAAUAAUGGAGUACCCAGCUCUGUUUCUUCCGAUAGAGAGAGCCCUUCGGAGGAUGACAACGAAGACGUGCACGUCGUAGAUGAUACGUCUGACAAGAGUGACAAUGGAGGGUUACAGAACAGCCUGGAUCUAGAGCCCAUAAGCGGCGCGGAUUAUACGGUAGAGACGGCACCGGUAACCUUGACCUUCUCUGCUCUGGCCUCUCCGCCCGCCAGUACGCCAGCUCGACGGGCUAUGUACAGAACCACUGUGGAGAAUGCAGCCAGCGAUAGCGAGGACGAGCGGGGGUUACGCAGCCUGCCUUCGGGAAUGCGACAUAGAGGAUUUCGCAUACAACAGGGCAACCCAGAGGAUCUUCGACAGCCGUUUUUUAACGCGUCAGCAGCGAUACCGACCAUGCCUGGAGCAUUCACUGCGGAAAUGGACGCAGAGAUUCCCCAACGUGGACAACCUACGACGCCAGCAGUAACAGCAACAGCGACGAACGACCAACCUGUAGAAGAACGACAAUGCAGGAUCUGCCUUGGUGGAGUUGACGAGGAGGACACAUUAGGACGAUUAAUUUCGCCUUGUCUGUGCAAGGGAUCUAUGAAAUAUGUCCACGUUGAGUGUCUGAAUGCCUGGAGAGCUAGGAGCCCCAAGCCUGAGAGCCAUUACAAGUGCGACACCUGCAAAUAUUCUUUCUCGUUCCGUCGAACGAGCUUUGCUCGAUAUUUAGCACAUCCCCUAACUGUCUUUGUACUGACCAUGGCGGUGUUUGCUGCUGCUGUUUUUGCUGCUGGAUUCGCCAUGAAAUUGUUCUUCUACCUGAUGAUGGAUGAACCUCAAGAAUUCAUCUAUCCUGCCGAUCUUGAUGAUUAUGACGAUGUUGAGCUCUUGCGACUGAAAGAGAGCGUAGUUAUCUUCAGGACACCGGAUAGUCUGCGGGCUGUUUUCCGGAUUGACAAGAGCCAUAUGGUUUUUGGAUCGUUCUUUGUCAGUAUAAUUGGAUUCCUACAGCUUCUGCUCUCGGCCCUCUGGAUGGGUGGGGGCGGCGGAGUAUUCAGGAUCGGCGGGUUCGGACUCGGAGGUGGAAGACGGAGAGGUGCCCGUGGCGAGCGCCAAAGAGAGGCCGGGAUCGGAGGCAUGUUGAUGGUCAUGAUUUUGGUGUUUGGACUGUUCAAGUCUUUGUACAUGACCUACCAGUUUGUGCAUCGUGUAUCGCGACGCGUGCUGGCCAAGGCUGAGAUGAUGGUGUUGGAAGUGCAGUAACGGUCAAUAACUCUUCGCGCUCUUGCAUAAUAAAAAUGUUGCUUUGUUAUA